CGCCGCCGCCGCCGCCGCCGCCGCCGCCCGAGCCUCGCGCAGAGCAGUUAUGGCGGAUCCCGCAGCGCCCGCAGCGCCGGCGCCCGCCGCGGACGCGGGCCCCGAGGCGGGCUCGCAGCGCCUGCUCUUCUCGCACGACCUGGUGUCGGGCCGCUACCGCGGCGCCGUGCACUUCGGCCUGGUGCGCCUCAUCCACGGCGAGGACUCGGACUCGGACGGCGACGACGACGGCCGCGGGAGCUCGGGCUGCUCGGAGGCGGGCGGCGCGGGCCACGAGGACGGCAGGGCCAGCCCGCUGCGCCGCGGCUACGUGCGCGUCCAGUGGUACCCGGAGGGCGUCAAGCAGCACGUGAAGGAGACCAAGCUGAAGCUGGAGGACCGCUCCGUGGUGCCCCGGGACGUGGUCCGGCACAUGCGCUCCACGGAUAGCCAAUGUGGCACCGUCAUCGACGUCAGCAUCGACUGCGCGGUCAAGCUCAUCGGCACCAACUGCAUCAUCUACCCAGUCAACAGCAAGGACCUGCAGCACAUCUGGCCCUUCAUGUAUGGGGACUACAUCGCCUACGACUGCUGGCUGGGGAAGGUCUAUGACCUGAAGAACCAGAUCAUCCUGAAGCUGUCCAACGGGGCCAGGUGCUCCAUGAACACGGAGGAUGGCGCCAAGCUCUAUGAUGUCUGCCCACACGUCAGCGACUCGGGCCUCUUCUUCGACGAUUCCUAUGGCUUCUACCCGGGCCAGGUGCUCAUCGGCCCCGCCAAGAUCUUCUCCAGCGUCCAGUGGUUGUCAGGGGUCAAGCCGGUGCUGAGCACGAAGAGCAAGUUCCGGGUGGUGGUGGAGGAGGUGCAGGUCGUGGAGCUGAAAGUGACGUGGAUCACCAAGAGUUUCUGCCCGGGGGGCACGGACAGCGCCAGCCCCCCGCCCUCCGUCAUCACCCAGGAGAAUCUCGGCAGGGUGAAGCGUCUCGGAUGCUUCGACCACGCGCAGCGGCAGCUGGGCGAGCGCUGCCUCUACGUCUUCCCGGCCAAGGUGGAGCCGGCCCGCAUCGCCUGCGAGUGCCCGGAGAGGACCUGCACGCAGGGGGAGGGCUCCAUGGCCAAGAAGGUGAAGCGUCUGUUGAAGAAGCAGGUGGUGAGGAUCAUGUCCUGCUCGCCGGACACCCCGUGCUCCCGGGAGCACUCCCUCGAGGACCCCAGCAAGAAGGCAGGGGACAAGGCUAAGAGCGAGGCGGGCUCGGCCAGCCCGGAGGAGACGCCUGAGGGUUCGGCCAGCCCCGUGGAGAUGCAGGACGAGGCCCCCGAGGAGGCCCCCGAGGUGGCUGAGCCGCUGCCCCCCUUCCUGCUGAAGGAGGGCGGGGAGAGCAGGCUGCAGUCCACAGAGCAGGACGCGGACGAUGAGGCGGCCGACGACACGGACGACACGAGCUCCGUCACCUCCUCCGCCAGCUCCACCACGUCCUCGCAGAGCGGCAGCGGCCUGAGCCGCAAGAAGAGCGUCCCCCUCUCGCUGCGCAGCCUCAAGCGCAAGCACAAGCGGAAGAAGAACCGGGUGGCCCGCGACUUCAAGCCUGGGGACAGGGUGGCAGUGGAGGUGGUGACCACCAUGACCUCGGCCGACGUGCUGUGGCAGGACGGCUCCGUGGAGUGCAACAUCCGCUCCAACGACCUCUUCCCCGUGCACCACCUGGACAACAACGAGUUCUGCCCUGGAGACUUCGUGGUGGACAAGCGAGUUCAGAGCUGUCCCGACCCCGCCGUCUACGGCGUGGUGCAGUCCGGGGACCACGUGGGACGCACCUGCAUGGUGAAGUGGUUCAAGCUGCGGCCCAGCGGGGAUGACGUGGAGCUGAUCGGAGAGGAGGAGGAUGUGAGCGUCUAUGACAUUGCUGACCACCCCGACUUCCGGUUCCGCACCACCGACAUCGUUAUCCGCAUCGGCAACACCGAGGACGGGGCCCCUCCCAAGGAGGACGAGCCCUCGGUGGGCCAGGUGGCUCGCGUGGAUGUCAGCAGCAAGGUGGAGGUGGUGUGGGCCGACAACUCCAAGACCAUCAUCCUUCCCCAGCACCUCUACAACAUCGAGUCUGAGAUCGAGGAGUCGGACUACGACUCCGCAGCGGGCAGCAGCAGCGGCGCGUCCUCGGACGAGUGGGAGGACGACAGCGACAGCUGGGAGACGGACAACGGGCUGGUGGAGGAUGAGCACCCCAAGAUUGAGGAGCCCCCGAUCCCCGCCCCCGAGCCAGCGGAGGCCCCCGAGGAGGACAAGGGGGUGGUGAUCAGUGAGGAGGCGGCCACGGCGGCCAUUCAGGGCGCGGUGGCCAUGGCGGCCCCCGUGGCCGGGCUGAUGGAGAAGGCGGGCAAGGAGGGGCCCCCCAAGAGCUUCCGGGAGCUGAAGGAGGCCAUCAAGAUCCUGGAGAGCCUCAAGAACAUGACGGUGGAGCAGCUGCUUACGGGCUCGCCCACCUCGCCCACGCUGGAGCCCGAGAAGCCCACCCGGGAGAAGAAGUUCCUGGACGACAUCAAGAAGCUGCAGGAGAACCUCAAGAAGACCCUGGACAACGUGGCCAUCGCCGAGGAGGAGAAGAUGGAGGCAGCGCCGGACGCCGAGCGCCGGGAGGACAAGCCCGAGGCGCAGUCGCCCGUGAGGGCCGAGUGGCCCAGUGAGACGCCGGUGCUGUGCCAGCAGUGUGGCGGCAAGCCGGGCGUCACCUUCACCAGCGCCAAGGGGGAGGUCUUCUCCGUGCUGGAGUUCGCGCCCUCCAAUCACUCCUUUAAGAAAAUUGAGUUCCAGCCCCCGGAGGCCAAGAAGUUCUUCAGCACCGUCCGGAAGGAGAUGGCCCUGCUGGCCACGUCCCUGCCUGAUGGCAUCAUGGUCAAGACCUUUGAGGAUCGAAUGGACCUCUUUUCAGCCCUCAUUAAGGGCCCCACGCGGACCCCCUACGAGGACGGCCUCUACCUGUUCGACAUCCAGCUCCCCAACAUCUACCCGGCGGUGCCCCCCCACUUCUGCUACCUCUCCCAGUGCAGUGGCCGCCUGAACCCCAACCUGUACGACAACGGGAAGGUGUGCGUCAGCCUCCUGGGCACCUGGAUCGGGAAGGGCACUGAGCGGUGGACCAGCAAGUCCAGCCUUCUGCAGGUGCUCAUCUCCAUCCAAGGCCUGAUCCUGGUGAACGAGCCCUACUACAACGAAGCAGGCUUCGACAGCGACCGCGGCCUGCAGGAGGGCUACGAGAACAGCCGCUGCUACAACGAGAUGGCGCUGAUCCGCGUGGUGCAGUCCAUGACGCAGCUGGUGCGGCGGCCGCCCGAGGUCUUCGAGCAGGAGAUCCGGCUGCACUUCAGCACCGGCGGCUGGCGGCUGGUGAACCGCAUCGAGUCCUGGCUGCAGACCCACGCGCUGCUGGAGCGGGCCCAGGCCCUGCCCAACGGGCUCCCGAAGGAGUGCGGCUCACAAGAGCCCCCGGCUGCCGCCGCCGAGCUCUCGGACUGUGGCCACGAGGACGCCGAGGACGGGGGCCUGGCCGCGGGGGAGGCCUCCCAGGGCUCGGACUCGGAGGGCGCCCAGGGCGCGGCUUCGGCCUGCAGGGACCCCACAGACCAGACCUCGGACGCGGCCCCCGACACCUCGGUGCCGCCUAGCGUCAAACCAAAGAAGAGGAGAAAGAGUUACCGGAGCUUCUUGCCUGAGAAGAGCGGUUACCCCGACAUCGGCUUCCCCCUCUUCCCGCUCUCCAAGGGCUUCAUCAAGAGUAUCCGCGGCGUCCUGGCGCAGUUCCGGGCCGCCCUGAUCGAGGCGGGCAUGCCCGAGAGCACCGAGGACAAGUAGCGCUGCCCAGCAGCCGGGCGCCACGAGGCGGGUGCCCCGUCCAGCACCCCCGCCCGCCCCCCCCGCGCCCCGCCCCGCCCCUGCCCCCCACCCCCACCCGAGGCAAGCGUGAUGCCAGGGCUGUGGCCGCCCCGUUCCCCUCUGUUCCGUUCUGUUCUGCAGCAGCCUCCAGCAGGCACCCCGGGGCGCAGCUGCCGGUCCAGGGUGCGUCUUGCAAGCAGGGGUGACUCCAGCCAUCACCCCUGGCUCCCUCCCGCCACCGCCGGGCCCCUGGGACCGCAGGCCACCCUCGGGCCUGCUGGACGUGCCUCCCGAGGGUCGCGCUGUGCCUAGGGGAGCCCGCGGUCCUCGCGCCAAGAAGGUGGGGGUGGAGCAGCUUGCUGGGAGAAGUAGGUGUUUGGCUCUCCCAGGCCGGGGCCUCCGCCUGCCCGCCCCGGCUUCCUGCUAGUCUGGGCCCCUCCCACGAUCAACUAGCACCCGAGGCUUAGCCAGUGCCCCCCACCCCAGACGGGCCCCUCGCUUCCACUCUGCGGGCGGUCUGGGGAGAGGCACCGCGGGCCGUCCUCCCCGGCAGCCCGAGGUUUACAAGUUUUCUAGCUUUUGAUAAUGUGAAGCGCCCAGCUGAGGACGCUGCUGAGCGCAUCGCAGCUCGGGCCUUUUUGGUGUAUGUAUGUAAUAUUUAAGGUUGAAAGAAAAUAAUUCUCAGAAGCAAAGAUAUUAACUGUUACUCGAAAAAAAAAAAAGACAAAAAAAAAGCCAAAGCAUGAUGCGUCUUGUCCGCCUCACGCUGGCUCCACGCCGGGGCCGCGGCCCGCCCGCGGGGAGCGCAGAGACCGCGGCCGCGCCCGCAGUGCCGUUUGUGUGGAGUUGUGAAUGCCUAUUUGCUUACGAUACCUGUAGAAAGUGCUGUGUGAUUAAAUCUUUUUUUUUACUUGCAGAUUUUUUUGGGGGGUAGUUUGGCUCAUUACAAUGUACAAGACCGACAAGGUGGCACCAUUAAACCUGCCUCUGCCAUU